CUCAUGGCAGAGUUGGGAUUCUUCAUUCUUUGAUUUUAUCCUUGAAACAACAACAGUCUUGUGAGGCGACUGCAAUGUCUGUGGACUGUCUUGGGCAGCAUGCCGUGCUUUCUGGACGCCGCUUCCUCUACAUCGUCAACCUAGACGUGCCAGCAGAAGGUCACCGCAAGAUCUCUCGCCAGAGCAAGUGGGAUAUCGGCGCUGUGCAGUGGAACCCACACGACAGCCACGCACACUACUUUGCUGCUUCGAGCAACCAGCGAGUUGACCUGUAUAAAUGGAAAGAUGGGCAUGGGGAAGCUGGCACCUCCUUACAAGGGCACACGCGUGUGAUCAGUGACUUGGACUGGGCCGUGUUCGAGCCAGAUCUGCUGGUUACCAGUUCAGUUGACACGUACAUCUACAUCUGGGACAUCAAGGACUCUCGAAAGCCUACAGUCUCGCUCUCUGCAGUCGCCGGAGCUUCCCAGGUCAAGUGGAAUAAGAAAAACGCCAACUGCUUGGCCACCAGCCACGACGGGGACGUGCGCAUUUGGGACAAGCGGAAACCUGGCACUGCUGUGGAGUACUUGGCCGCCCACCUCUCCAAAAUCCACGGCCUAGACUGGCACCCAGAUAAUGAGAACAUCUUGGCCACGUCCAGUCAAGACAAUUCCGUCAGGUUCUGGGACUACCGACAGCCCCGAAAAUACCUCAACAUCCUGCCAUGCCAGGUUCCAGUCUGGAAGGCCAGGUAUACGCCUUUCAGCAACGGGCUGGUGACAGUGAUGGUCCCUCAGCUACGGCGAGAGAACAGCCUUCUGCUCUGGAAUAUCUUUGACCUGAACACGCCAGUUCACACCUUUGUCGGCCACGAUGAUGUGGUGCUCGAAUUCCAGUGGCGGAAGCAGAAAGAAGGAUCCAAGGACUACCAACUGGUGACGUGGUCUCGAGACCAGACACUGCGGAUGUGGCGUGUUGAUUGCCAGCUGCAGAGGCUGUGCUCCAAUGACCUUCUGGAUGGGGUGGAGGAGCUUAUCGAUGGGAUUUCUCUCCUGCCAGAGCCGGACAAGCCCCUGCCUGUCCAAGACUCUGAGCCCCAGCAAAACUCCAACUACGGAGAGGAGGAAGCCUUGAGAGAAGAAUCCCCGCACAGCCUCCUGGUGGGGAAGAAGCUGGACCAGUUGGGGCUGCCGCAAACGUUGCAGCAGGAGUUCUCCCUGAUCAACGUGCAGAUUCGAAACGUGAACAUGGAGAUGGACGCCGUCAACCGUAGCUGCACCGUUUCUGUGCACUGCAGCAACCACCGGGUCAAGAUGCUGGUGAUGUUCCCCGCACAGUAUCCCAACAACGCUGCUCCUUCCUUUCAGUUCGUCAAUCAGACAACCAUCCCCUCCACCAUGAAGGUCAAGCUGUUGAAGAUCCUGAAGGACACAUCCAUGCAGAAGGUGAAGCGGAACCAGUGCUGCCUGGAGCCAUGCCUACGCCAGUUGGUUUCCUGCCUAGAGUCUGUUGUGAACCAAGAAGACAACAACUCCAGCAACCCCUAUGCCCUCCCAAACUCAGUAACCCCUCCUUUGCCAACCUUUCCCAGAGUAUCCAAUGCUUACGGCUCCUAUCAGGAUUCAAACAUCCCAUUCCCACGUACUUCAGGAGCCAGGUUCUGUGGAGCAGGGUACUUGGUGUACUUCACAAGGCCAAUGACAAUGCACCGAGCAGUCUCACCUACCGAACCAACCCCCCGUUCCCUGUCGGCACUCUCUGCCUACCAUAAUGGCCUCAUCACCCCCAUGAAGAUGCGUACAGAGACUCCCGGCAAACUGAUCUUGUACGGAGGAAGCCCCACUCGCAGCGAGAAGGAACAGGUUUCCAUCAGCUCCUUCUACUACAAAGAAAGGAAAUCCAGGAGAUGGAAGAGCAAGCGAGAGGGCACCGACACCAGCAACCGGCCCAUCAAAGCUGCUGGGAAGGUGAUUAUUCAGGACAUCUCUUGCCUGCUUCCUGUCCACAAGUCACUCGGGGAGAUGUAUAUACUGAAUGUGGCUGACAUUCAGGAGACGUGCCAGAAGAAUGCUGCCUCAGCUGUGACUGUGGGACGCAGAGACCUCUUGCAGGUCUGGUCACUGGCCACAGUUGCAACUGACAUCUGCCUUGGCCCAAACUCUGACCCGGACUUGGAGACCCCCUGGGCUCAGCACCCAUUUGGUCGCCAGCUCCUCGAAUCUCUGGUGGCUCAUUAUUGCCAGCUCCACGAUGUGCAGACCUUGGCCAUGCUGUGCAGCGUGUUUGAGGCCCAGUCCCGGCCCCAGGGAGCCCCGAUUCCCUCUGGACUCUUCCCUCCACGUUCCUCCAGCCACAGCCGAUAUCCCAGCUUUACCUCAUCAGGUUCCUGUUCCAGUAUGUCGGAUCCUGGACUCAGCACCAGCAGCUGGAACUUAGCCAGCAAGGAGGUGGACCACACGGCAGCCUGGUGCGAAUCUUCGCCUGACGACUUCCGCUUUGGCAACUUGGUGUACGCCGACCACCGGGACCGCGAGAAGGACCAGCAUGACAGGAACAAAAGGCUUCUGGACCCAGCCAACACCCAGCAGUUUGAUGAUUUCAAGAAGUGCUACGGGGAGAUCCUUUAUCGCUGGGGCCUGCGAGAGAAACGAGCCGAAGUCCUCAAGUUCGUCUCUUGUCCCCCUGAGCCUCACAAAGGGAUUGAGUUUGGGGUCUACUGCAGCCACUGCCGCAGCGAGGUGCGCGGCAUUCAGUGUGCCUUCUGCAAGGGCUUUGCGUUCCAGUGCGCCAUCUGCCACGUGGCCGUGCGAGGCUCCUCCAACUUUUGCUUGACAUGCGGUCACGGAGGACACACCAGCCACAUGAUGGAAUGGUUCCGCACCCAGGAAGUGUGCCCCACCGGCUGCGGGUGCCACUGCUUGCUGGAGAACACCUUCUGACAGAGCGUCCCUGGAGCUUAACAGCAUGAUGAGUCCAUGUUGGGAUCACUCUUGGAAAGCAGGGAGGUCGCCAUUUCCCCCUAGGAUGUUUCUGGGAGAGGUGACGGGUCAGCUUAGUUGCUGGUGGAGUUCUGUGAUGUCUAGCGGAAAAGCGGGCGGGGGGCUGGUGGAUGUCCAAGAGCCUCUUGCAAGUUCGUCUUUGGACUUGACUGCCUCAGCAGAGUCUUCCUCAAGGGCAAAGAAGUAAUAUGCAAAGGACAAUCAUCAUAGGUCGGUACGGUGAAAUAGCUCUUGAACCACAAGGGGAUCUCAGGUCUUGCAAUAAGAGAAUGGAAGAGUGAAGUGAGGCUGUUCCUGGGUCACCCACUUGGAGGCCUGGAAAAAAGCAUGCCCCAGGCUGGAAACUCGAGUUCCCUUUCCCCUGAAUAGCCAUUCCUUGGCCUUGUGAAGUUCUCUACGAAGGGAAGGCUCAGAACUCCCAGAGAGAGCCUCCUGUGCAAAUACAGAGACACCAGAGCCCCAUCAACGGCAUAAGUUAGAAGUAUUCCUCGUGAGUGGAAUGGGGUUAGAGUAGGGUAUGAACACUGGAACUCCAUCAGUUCUCCUCUGGGCAAUGGAUUUCUGCUUCUUUGGGGACUUGGUGGCAGCUUCGUUUAGGGAUUUCGAUGGGCCGGAACUAUUUGUUCCUUUUUUCCAAGGAAAAGAAGCAGAUGAGGGCUGUUAUUUCGGGCCAGAUCUUGCUUGAGGCAGCCUGUUACGCCUCCCUCCAGGAUCGCUGGAAUCGAUUAGACAAGUGCAGGAAUGGAUUCUAAAAAGCGCAUCUACGAGGCAUGUGAAGGAGCCCUGACACGAGGAGCGAUGGCGGUUUGCAGUUUUCAGGCUCAAAUAUCGGACUCUGCGAUGCUGAGUUGCAUUCCAGCCCCGGUGGAAUGGAUGAGGAGUCGCCUCUUCUGCAAUCAAGCACUUAAAUAUCCUGUGAUGCAAUGGGGGGCGGGGGGCGGGGUCUGAGCUGAGUUCUCUCACUUUGGGCUUAACCAUUCAGUACCUGGAUCCAGGCUGGCUGAGCCCAUGGGGUGGGGAGUAGAAACCACUCACGCCAUUCUUGAAGCUUUGCAGCCGAGGAAGCGGGUUGUGUGUUAUUCCUUUAUUUUGAACGAAUGUUUUAUAAAGUCCUGUUACUCUACCACGUCUGCCGGGGCGGUUUGUGAAUUGUGCUCUUCUCUGUAGCCGAACACCACUUGCCAUUCUGCUGUUGAUGUAACUGCUAAGAGAGGUGGAUUAAGGACUGGGACACCUGGGUUCAAACUCCUGGCCAGCCACAAAGCUCACGACCUUGGAGCCGUUACCCUCUUAGCUUAACUUACUUUUCUGGGUUGUGGUGAGAAUAAA